AGAAAAAAAAACAACAAAAACAUUAUCAAAUUUUGGCUAAUUUGAACGCGAAAAAUUUUGUUUUAAACGUUUGUGGUCGUGUUUUAAUGAAAUUUUCAAGUCAUUGAAGGCUUGAAAAUUAAAGAAAUUGCGUAGUAUUUAGUUUGCGUUACAAGAAAUGCUCCUGAAUUGCCAAAGUUUGUGGCGAAGAAGUGCAAAUAUCGACGUAUUUACAUACUGAACUACGUUGUAGUACAUCAGUGACUUUCACCUUCUGCUCAGAAUUAUUUUUAGCUCGAAUGUAUUUAUAAACUUUCGCGAUGUCUUCUGACUCUGGAGCACGUAAACGAAAUGUUCCAAUCAAAAAGAAAAAAGGAAGUGCCGGUAGCAUUAAUCCGGGAGGAAUUACCGUUCGUGAGAUCCCUUUGAGUAAACCGAGCGCCGAUGAGCUGAUCCAUGUUCAGAAAGAUGUACAAUUCGGUGACAAUUGGUGUAAAGUAGCUGUAUUUUUUGCCAUUUCCAGUGCUCUCGUUGGAGUAGCGUAUUGCGUCUUCCUUGGAAACAACUCUGGCACACAAAGCGAAUCUCAAGCGUUUGAUUGGCUUCCUUCGUUACCAUCGUUGCCCAGUUUCGACUUCUUCUCCAACAACGAACUACCUCAAGAAGCAAUCGACGAAGAACCGGUGGUUGAUAAUGAAGCUGAAUCUAGUUAUUUAGAUUUGCUAUGGUCGUUGUAUCCUUUCGGUCAGAAUGACGAACCACCAGCUUCGGAGGUAUCUACAGAAAAGUCAGAAAAAGAUGAAGAUAUUUCUAAAGAAUUAGAAAAUGAUAAAGAUUCUCGUGAAGAUGACAGUAAAGAGUCUGGUAACCAAGAUGAAAGUAAGGAGUCUAAUAACGAAGACGAAUUAGAAAAUAAUAACGAUCAAGAUGACAGUCGAGAUGAUCACGAAAGUGAAGAAAAUCCAGACGAUGAAAAAAAUACAGAUGAAGAAGAAGACGAUCAAAAUGAUAAUAAUAACGAUACCGAUGAUGAAAAUCAAAAAGACGAAGACACCGAUGAAAAUGAUGUUUCGAACUCAGCCGAUGAUGUAGUAAACAAGUUCGAACAGUAUAAAUCGUACAAUUAUUAUUCUCAGAAAAAGGACGACGAUGAAGACGACGAUCUUCAAAAAGAUUCCAAAGAAGAUGACGACGAUUCAUCUAAAGAAAGUAAAGAGCAAAUUGACCGUCGUGAUGAAAGGUAUAAUUAUUAUCAUAAUCGAGAAUCCGAAGAGGUGAAAAAAUACGAAUACAUAAAAGGCGAAGAUGAUCAUAAUGAAAGUGCCGAGGAAGAAGGGCUAGAGAAAAUUGACAGCGAGGAAAACACCAAAGAUGAGAAUGAAGAAGAAACCAAGAUCCCUGAAGACGAUUCUCACAGUAGCGAAGAAGUCGAACAUGAUCCUGUUGUGCUUCCCGAGGAGCCAGUUGAACCAGAAGCAGAAGAACCUAAUGAAGAGCCGCAAUCUGGAAACAUGGUUACCAAAUUAAGUGUGGGCAUUGCGUUGAUUUUUGUCGCGUACUCGGUUAUUAUCAGAAAAUGGAACAACUACGUUGAUCGAGUUGCAAAUGAAGCCGACGCUGUUCUCAUUGACGCUGGCGGAGAUUAUGGUGACUUGGCAGAUAUCGCUCAAUCAAUUGCUGAUAAUUUGCUGGAUUCCAUGAAUAACGAUUCUAAUUCGUAUAACGAACCUUCCGAAGCUGAAAACAGAACGCUGCAAGAUUAUCUAGAAACGCCUUCAAAUUCUGCCACUGAACAAUCUGAGGACGAAUCAGCGAAUGAACCAGCUAAUGACGGAAGCAUACCGAUGGAUUCUGAAAAAUCACAGACUGCAUCUGAAACAGAGAGUGAAACUGAUGACGAUUCGGAGUAUGGAAAGGGUGAUUACGACCGAAUGAAUAUAACGAAUCGAGCAGAUUGGCAGUACAGACAUCAGCUCGAUGAGGCUGACGAUGAUUGGGAUCGUGAAGAUAUUCUGAACGCAACUCUUAAGUAUACAGCCAUUCUUGAACAAGAACCGAAAUCUGUACGAGCUCAAUAUGGCAUGGUUAGAUUUUACGACUCGAAAGCCGAUAGUCUUCAAAGUAACUCGUACCUAGCCAACGUGAUAGAAUUAUAUCAAAAACUAUUGCAUAUGCCUGACAUACCUGAAGCUUUGGCAAAAGUAAUUGCCGAGAGAACUCUUAUUAGGAUGAGAUUCAUAGGUAAUUACGAUGAAUCUGUAUCGUUGCUUAAAAUGUUGAUUGAGAAGUAUCCUCAGCAAGUUUCCUAUCAAAUUAAUCUCGCCAUUUCUUACCUAAUAUUAAAUAAAUUACCAGAAGCAGAAGCUAUUCUUGAAAAAGUGCUGAGAAAUGAUCCUGAUAACGGAUUAGGUUUGGUUAACUACGGAUUCAUUGUGAAAAUGAAAGGUGAAUACGAGAAAGCAGUCGAUACUUUGAGUAGAGGUAUCUCGAGCGGUGUGAAAGGAACUGAUGAUAGUAAGUUUUAUUAUCAUUUGGGAGAAGCUUUACAAAGAUUGGGAAGAACAGAAGAAGCAUUGAAGUUGUAUCAAAGUGCUGCUGAUAAACGAAUAUUUCGUUCUAAGUAUCAACGAUCGUUGUAUAACGUUAAUGGAUUGAAAGCUAAACCUUGGUGGGUUCCUGCGGAUACACAAUACAACGAUUUUUUCAAAAGUUUGGAACGUAACUGGGAAAAGAUUCGCGAUGAAGUGAAGAAAAUAAUGAUGAAAGAGAAGCACAAAACGUUUAAAGAUGAAGCCGAACAAUUACGUGAAAAAGGAGAAUGGAAGCAGCUCGAGAUAUUUUCCAGAGGAGUAGAAAAAUCGACGUGUAAAAAGCUCCCUGUAACUUGCGGUUUAAUCAGAGGAUUUGUUCCUGCCGCCGGAUGUCGCAGAGGGCAAGUUAAAUUCAGUAUUAUGGAACCAGGCACUCACGUUUGGCCUCACUGUGGUCCAACCAAUUGCAGAUUAAGAGCCCACCUUGGUUUAAUUGUUCCUAAAAAUGUUACCAUUCGAGUUGCCGAAGAAACCAGGAGCUGGCGUGAAGGAGAAGUGCUUCUGUUCGAUGACAGCUUCGAACACGAGAUCUGGCAUAAUGGUACGUCAUCCAGAUUGAUCUUGAUAGUCGACGUAUGGCAUCCAAAUCUAUCGGAAGAUAAACGUAAAACUUUGUCCGCCAUUUGAUCAUGUACAUGUGAUGGUUUUUUUUUUUUUUAAUAAUCUCGCAGUAUUUACUCAAGACUUGCCUAUAUGUACCCUCCCACAAUGUAUACCAUAAUGAAGAUGGGAGUUUUUUUUCUAGACGUUGUAGUCUAAAAUCGUUUUCUCAUUUUCUACAUAUAUCCUACUUAAUUCACUUGCCAAUUUGAUUUAUCCAAGACUUGAGUGUUUUUUCUUGCUCAAGAAUUAUUCAACGUAUUGUGAAAGAUGAGAUGUGAUCUGACCAAUGUAUUAUUUUAGUCCAAGUUUUUAGUCAUUUUGUGAUUUUUAACGGUGUUUUUGUUGAUGAAAUAUAUUGUUUUGUUAAAUACCUA